GCGGGACCAUGAGCGCGUACGGGGAUAUCGCCGCGAUGGCCACCCUGCUGGGUGGCAGGGAUCCGGACGACACCGAGUCACCCGGGCCGUCGGGCGCGCCUUUCAACCCCGGCGCUCUGCCCGUGGCCAAGGACGACGGCGUCGCCAUCCCCGCAGUCAGGCCCGGGAAGAAGGACGCAAAGGCCAUCUGGGACGUCUCCGAGCUCGUGGACGACUUCGACGACGACUCGUCGGAGGAGGGCGAGGACGGGUCGGGGUUACGCAUCCCGACGUACGAGUUCAUGUACAAGCAGGCGAUCAACACCGCGGACGCCUUCCUGGGCAUGGCGCACAACAAGGACCCCGGCUCGCGCUCGUGCGAGGACAUGGUCCUGAAGAUCCACCUGCCCGGGACGAGGAGCAUGAGGGAGCUGGACCUGGAGGUGGAGACGGACCGGCUGAGGCUGAGGAGCGCGACGUACAAGCUCAACCUGUACCUGCCGCACAAGGUGGACGCGGACGAGGGCAAGGCGGAGUGGGAUCAGAAGUUGGAGACGUUAAAGGUCACGGCGAGGAUACGAGAGGAGGAAUACUGAAAAGGAUCAGUACUCGACGGGCGUUGACCGCCGACGUUAGGCUAGCGAGGUUGCAUCACAGCACCGUUCAUCACGUAGGAGGGCGAGAUCCGAGACUUUAGAAAACUC